UUCUCUAAUUCGCGUAAAGCCAGCCAGGAGCGGCCCACCGUAGACCGAACACGCAACCGGUAAGUGAGGGGGCCGGGACCGCGGCGCGGCGCGGGACGGAGCCGGAGCCGGACCGGCGGAGGAUCACUUGAGUUCCUCUCACGUUUUCAUAGUUUUCACGUGGAGCUUCUGGCCCAGUGUCUGUCGGAGCUCACGGAGACAAGUCCCGUUUCUUCUGAUGGACAUUAGCACCACCAGGCAUUUCCAAAUAUUGUCUGCAUUCAGAAGUCCUUUAAAUGAUAUCUAGAGAAACCUUGGAAAGAGGAGCAGGUGGAGUGCAUGGACAUAAACACAACAUUUGUUUUAAUUGUGAAAUUAUAAUCAAACGUAGAUGUUCCUAAUCAAAACUGGAAAUCAACUAUUCACAAUACUGUUUUGAUGAAUACAUGAAGAAGAAAAAAAUACUAAGUGAAAUUUGAUGAUACAUUUUGGGCCUCGUGCAUUUCUUUAGCUCUCAGUCCCAGAAAGAAGACCGGGGUCAUCUGACUUUAUUCUCGACCUUUGUUUGCUGUGGUGCAUAUAGGUGGUCCGUGUGUGUGUGUGUGUGUGUGUGAAGGGGGGGGGGGUCUACUUAGCAGGCCCACUGACAUUUGACAUUGACAUUUAAAGACCAUGCAGCAAACAAAACCCCGCAGACGCUGCCGCAGAUAGACGGGGUGGGGUCCGCCAUUGGUUGAUAAAAGCUGCGAAUCCGUUUUCCCCUCCCCGGUAGUGAAGAUGACGUAGUGACUCAGACGCGCUCGCUCCCUCUCUCGCGCAGACGGAGCUAUCUGGCUUCGCGGCUUCGGAAUCGACUCGCCAGUUGUGACCCUGUGCCUUUCCCGGAGAGGUCCUGCCUUGCCAAACGGCUCCGAGGCUGCCAGCUGCCGACGGACGCGCAGGAGGCGAAGACGACGCACGGUGACUUUCUGCGAGAGAGGAGAGCUGCGGUGCGGGGAGAGGAUCGAGGAUCCAUGCCAUAGAGGAGGAGGAGGAGGAGGAGGAGGAGGAAUAGCUCGGACACAAGUCAGCGGCCUACAAGGCCAACGUUCAACGGCUCGAGUGCAGCCUGCUGCUGCGGACCGAACAGUCGCUUCUGGUCGGAGCCGGAGCGCGCUCAACAUGCAACCAUCCGCCCUGGACAACCGUUAACCGGCGAGGGCGAGCCUCCAACAUCCGAGAGAGAACCCCCCCCCCCCCCCCCCGUGUGUGUGUGUGUGUGUGUGUGUGUGCGUGUGCGUGCCUGCGCGCGCGCCACCAUGAGUCUCGUCUCGGGCUUCCCUCACCACCCGGUCAUGCACCACCACGACAGCCACCACUACUCCUUGCAUGCGUCGACCGCCGGUCGGUGUCACGAGGACACCGGGGCUCCCCCGUACUUCACCAGCUGGCUGAUAAGCCACGCGGACAUGUCGCCCACCGAGUACAGCCUGGCGCCCGGCUACAGCCCGGAGUACCACGGCAACGGCGGCGGGUCCAGCGGCGCACUGGACCCGCACCAUCACCACCACUACGGACACGGUGGCCUGGUUCCAGGGGCCGGCGCCAUCUCGGUGAACGGAGCUACGGUGGGCAUGCAUCACCACGACCACGCGCACCCGCGCACCGUGAAGCGGAGACCCACGGCCAACCGCAAAGAGCGGCGGCGGACGCAGAGCAUCAACUCGGCCUUCGCGGAGCUGAGGGAGUGUAUCCCCAACGUCCCGGCCGACACCAAGCUGUCCAAGAUCAAGACCCUGCGGCUGGCCACCAGCUACAUCUCCUACCUGAUGGACAUCCUGGACAAGGACGGACAGCACGGGGACACGCAGGCGUUCAAGGCCGAUCUGAAGAAGACGGAGGCGCGCGAGGAGCGCACGAAGAGAGAGGCGGUGGACGUCCCCAAGACAACCUCGUCAUCGUCUUCAUCGUCGUCGUCAACGUCCACGUCGUUGUCAUCUUCGUCGGCGGGCGAUAAGAAGAGCAAGGGGCGGACAGGGUGGCCUCAACAUGUCUGGGCCCUGGAACUCAAACAGUAGCCCCCCCGCAGGGCCCCGCAGCCGUCGACCCGCUCGUCUCCAUCCCGCGGUGGACGCCUCAUUCCGUCGUGGUGGAGCUCACAGACUGGCGGUCGACCGUUGGUUGCAGCUUAUUGAAAAACAAACACCCCCCCCCCCCCCCCCCGACCCCCCUGAUUCUGACCUCGAAUAAGAAAAAGAAAAACCCACGAGUCAUAUAUUCCUCGUUGUCUUUUCUUUUUUUUCCCAAUCAAUCAUUUGAUAGAAAAAAACAAUAUUUUUAAAUAUAUGGCUUCACCCAAUGAGGGGGAAAAAAAGACAAUCAUUACUCUUGAGUGAUUCGGUAUGUUUGAUGUCGGUGAACGACUUAUUUAAAAUACGACAGAUGUCUUGGGCCUGACCUCAAACGUUCGUCCGAGACGAAGCAGCGGGGUCGCUGGGGUCAAACUAUACUAACUAUACAUUAUGUGUAUAUUUUGACCCCCCCCCCCCCCACACACACACACACACGGGGCGUCGACGUGCUUUGAUGUACUUUAUGGAAUAUAUUUAUGUGCAAUGUGACCCCUGAUCCAACCAGAGGUGUACAGUAUUACGUGAAGCUCUCAUCCUGUCUCUCCUUCCUCCCUCACCAAUUUGAAUUGUAAAUGUGGUGACGUCACACUGCGGUGGCCGUCUGCUUCGUGUGGGAUGUAAACAGUGUCAUGAAUUGAAUAAACCACUGCCUGGUUUUUGGUAAUGGGCGCAAACUGGGCUGAUUUCUUACUUUUCAGUUGGUCGGACACUAAAUGAUUCUUGCAGAUGUAACCGCGGCACCAAACACAUCAGCCUCAAAGUGUUGUCUGGUAUGGCUCCCGAAUUCAAAGAUGGAAAAGAAUGCUUUCCCUUCAUAACAAAACAAAAGUGAACUGUUCAAAGCCCCGCACAUUUUGAAUUUUUUUUUUUUUAUCAUUUAAAAGGGUGUACAUAUAUAUUUUAAGUUGUACAAUAGGAUCAAAUCUUUUAUAAAAACACAGAUAUAAUUUAUUUUUGUGUAAUAUAAACCAUUCUAUUAUUCUUUUUUUCCGUUGUCUCCUCCUGAUUUUCCCACACGUCCAAUUCUAUUGACAAAUACAAAUAAAAAGCUCAACUUAAUGACUUGAAAAUA